CGGACGCGGACGGUGCGGUCAUGGCUUGGUCCGCCGGCCCUCCGGAGGUGAUCCGCGCGGCGCAGAAGGACGAGUACUACCGCGGCGGGCUGCGGAGCGCGGCGGGCGGUGCCCUGCACAGCCUGGCAGGUGCCAAGAAAUGGCUGGAGUGGAGGAAAGAGAUUGAAUUGCUCUCAGACGUAGCCUACUUUGGCCUCACCACGCUGGCAGGCUACCAGACACUCGGGGAGGAGUACGUGGGCAUCGUCCAGGUAGACCCUUCCCAGCAGCGCGUGCCCUCCAGGCUCCGCCGCAGCGUGCUGGUCACACUCCAUGCAGUCCUGCCCUACCUGCUGGACAAGGCCCUGCUGCCACUGGAGCAAGAGCUGCAGGCCGACAGCGAUGGAGCCCGGGCCUUGCAGAGCAGCCUGGUGCCCAGCAGACGGGGCUGGUCGGGGACACGGCGCUGGGUGCGUCGCCACACGGCCUCCCUGACCGAGCAGCAGAGGAAGACACUGCAGCGGGCGACCUUCGUCCUCAGGCAGGGCCUUGCCUGCCUCCAUCGGCUCCACGUUGCCUGGUUUUACAUCCAUGGUGUUUUCUAUCACCUGGCUAAGAGGCUUUCGGGGGUCACUUACCUCCGCAUCUGCCAUCUGCCCAGAGAGGACCUGAAGGCGCGUGCUGGCUACCGGCUGCUCGGGCUGCUCUCCCUGCUGCACCUGGCGCUCUCUGUGGCACUGCAGCUGUACACCUUCCAGCAGAGGCAGCGAGCCCGCAAGGAGUGGCGGCUGCACCGCAUCCUGUCUCACCACAGGUGCACAGGGUCUGGGGCACCCUCCACACUGGUCAGCAUGGUGGGCGGUGCCCUCACCUGUGUCCCCACCCUCCCUUCCGCAGGACCUCCCUGGAAGACCGAGCUGCGCCCAGAGCCCCACUCUGCACCCUGUGCCUGGAGGACCGCAGGCACUCGACGGCCACGCCCUGCGGCCACCUCUUCUGCUGGGAGUGCAUCACCGAGUGGUGCAACACCAAGACGGAGUGCCCCCUGUGCAGGGAGAAGUUCCCUCCCCAGAAGCUGGUCUACCUGCGGCACUACCGCUGAGCCACGCUAGGUGGGCUUCAGGGAGUACAUGGAGAAAGCAGUUUGUCCUCAGGAUUAGCCAGUUGCACAGAAAUUGUAAUACCCUCACCCAGGCUGCUGGGCCAGAUUCCUGGGCAGAGGACAGAAAGAUGAAGCUAGCAGGGCCCUGUCCCAUAGCCUUCAGAACCUAGUUGGGACAGGGCCUGAGAUCCCAGUGGGCGUGGCAUGCUGCUCAGGACACCCCUUCCCCGAGCCAAGUUGCAGAAGUUAGCCAGAAAGAGCUUUAUUCACUGCAGACCAGACACACACACCACACUGGGCGGAGCAUGGCAGAGCCAGUGCCCGGCCGGACAGGCACCUCCAGGUGCCCACGCACCAGCCAGGGUCAGCACCUCUUAAGAUGUUUGGCACACUUGCAAUAUGUGUUCUGAUUCCUGCUUUAAGAAAGGGGGAGUUGUCUUGGCCCUAACACAAACUGGAAGGGGCUUCCUUCCGCUGGGCAGGCAGAGCCGCCUCAGGUGAGAAGCUGUUUCCAACACCUAACUGCAGGCACCUUGGGAUGGGCAGGUGAGCCAGGGCCUCUCCUGGGGGCACGUGGGCGGGCAGCCUGCUUGCCCAAGGUCGCUGCUGUGGCCGGCACCUCCUCAGCUGUCUUCAGCCUGCUUCCCGCCUUGCUCAGUAUUUCCAGGUUUUAAAAAUUAACAUGCUGGAGACAGCUUGGCCUCAGUCCACAGAAGACUGACCCACCCAGGAGGGUUGCAUAAGAUGCAGACCUCUGGGGUGUCACACUCCCCCAUUGGAGGACCUCGGAGUUCGGGCUAGCAGGGCCACGCCCAUGGGUGGCCCAGGCCUCCCAGUCCCCACAGGAAGGAGGUCCUGCAGAGCUGGACACAGCUCCACAAGCUGUCUCUUGCUACCCCUUGAGUCACACCAUUGCCUGUCAAAGCUGAGGCCUCAGUGCCAACCAGGGAAACAGAAGCAAGGAGGUCCAGAGUUUGAGAAUCCCAGACACUUGGACAUCUAACAGGAGUACUGAGAACAUCAUGUGAAAUGGUGGAGCAGGUAUACAAUCGGCGUGAACAUGGCCUCUCAAAGGAGCUCAAGUCCUGAUGUACACAAUUCAGCAGAAGAAAAUACAGACAACUGACACUGAGCGUCGAAAACUACCUGGGCAUCUGAACCGGCGGGGGCUGCAGGGGACACCAGGCUGCACCUUGGUGCCCACACCUGUGGUGGGCGCUGUCGUGCCGCCAGAAUGGUUCACCUGCAAGGGAGGCCAAAGACGCUGGGCUUGGGGUCAGUGGCUCGUGUUUAAGAUGAAGACUACACAAGGAAGGGGACAUUGUCUUUAAUAAAGUUGGAAUUAAAAAGUCGAUUAGUAAAAUGUUUAUCACAUCAAAAAGCUGACAUGCAGUAGGUUCUGUCUCCCCCCCAGAGAAAAUGAAAAGCCAGAUAAACCCGCAGGCCUGGUCUGCAUUGACCAGGUCUGGUCUUUCUUUAACAGGGGCUGCUGCAUGAGAACAAAUUUAAAUUAAUCAAAAACAAAC